AUGGUCUACCACUGUUGUACCGGAGGAUACCACACCGCAACGUCGCCGCCUAACUACACAACAUACGCAACAACCAGUUACUACACCGAGGCCCACAAGUACUACUCCCAUCCCUACUACUAUACCGAGGCUCCAGCUUAUUUCACCAUCAAGGCCCACAAGUACUGCACCACCAAGGCACCGGAGUAUUACACCACAUCCCACGCCGCUCCAGCUACUACACCGAGGCUCAAAAACACUACACCACCAGAGAACCGGAGUACUACACGACUACGUAUGCUACCCCAGCUUACCACACCAGCUUACUACACCGAGACUCCCAACUACAUACCCACAACUGAUGCGGCCGAAUAUUAUGCAGUACCUACUUACUACACAGUGGCUGCUACAUCGUACUACGUUGAUCCGAAUUACUACUCCGAGGUUCCAGUUUACUACAUCAAAAUUUACGCUGCACCCUGCUACUACACUGAAGCUCCUGCUUACUGCAACACCAAGGCAUCCGAGUAUUACACCACUACUUACGCUUUUCUGACCUUUUACACCGAAGCUGCGAAGUAUUCCACUUCCCCGAGCUACCACACCAUUAAGGCGGCUGAAUGUAACAUCAUAACCUUCGCUUCUCCCGUUAACUACAGGGAGUCUCUUAAAUACUAGAGCGAAAUUUUUGAUUUCUUUUUGUGGUCAGAUUUGUCUGUCAUAUCUUAAAACUUUCAAGUUACUAGUCAGUAGUCACUGGGAAUCGUUGUUGAUCUUAAAUGAGAAAAUAAAUUUUUUAAUGU